AUGAAGCUGCCAGGACAAGAGGAUUUUGAACAUUCUGGUGCUCAUGAAAAUGUUCUUGCAGAGGAACUGGACAGUGGCCUUGGCCCUGGCCCUAGCCUUGAUGGCCCCUCAAACACAGACAAUGGGGAGCUGGGGGCAUCCAAGGACCCAAUGCUCUUCGUUCAACUAAAUGAGCUGCUAGGCUGGCCCCAGGCACUGCAGUGGAGAGAGACGGGCAGGUGGUUGCUGUUUGAAGAAAAGCUAGAAGUAGGCGCAGGCCGGUGGAGUGCCCCCCAUGUGCCUACCCUGGCACUACCCAACCUCCAGGAACUUCGAAGACUGUUGGCUGAGGGCAUUGUACUGCUGGACUGUCAAGCUCAGAGCCUCCUGGAGCUUGUGGAGCAGGUGGUCGGUGAGGAGUCAUUGAGCCCAGAACUGAGAGGGCAGCUUCAGGCAUUGCUUCUGCAGAGACCCCAGCACCACAUCGAGGCCACAGGCAACAGGCCCUGCAGAGGGUCUAAGGCUUUCAGAACCGCCUCUCGUGAUGAGGACACCCUCCUGAAGCACCAGAACCCCUUGAGACAGAAGCUGCCUCCAGGAGCUGAGGCAGCAGCCGUGUUGGCAGGAGAGCUGGGCUUCCUGGCACAGCCACUAGGGGCCUUUGUAAGACUGCGGAAUCCAGUGGUUCUGGAGCCUCUUACAGAGGUGAUCUUGCCCAGCAGGUUUUUCUGCCUCCUUUUGGGUCCUCCCACCCCAGGAAGGAGCUACCAUGAGAUGGGUCGGGCAGCAGCGGUCCUCCUCAGUGACCCACAGUUCCAGUGGUCAGCUCGUCGGGCAAGCAAUCUUCAUGACCUCUUGGCAGCCCUGGAUGCCUUUCUACAGGAGGUGACAGCUCUACCCCCAGGUCGGUGGGACCGGACAGCCCGGAUUCCCCCGCCCAAACGCCUACCCUCUCAGCACAAAAGGCUCCCGUCAGAACUGCAGGAGGUCACCGGGCUCUGCCUCCAGAGUGCGGCCCUGACAGAGGACAAGCACCACCAUGGGCCCCACGCACCCAGCCCAGAAUUGCAAAGGACCGGCAGGCUGUUUGGGGGUCUUAUUCAGGACGUGCGCCGGAAGGCAUGCUGGUACCCCAGCGAUUUCUUGGACGCCCUACACCCCCAGUGUUUCCCGGCUGUGCUCUACAUUUACCUGGCUACAGUCACGAAUGCCAUCACUUUUGGGGGUCUGCUGGGAGAUGCCACUGAAGGUGCCCAGGGAGUUCUGGAGAGCUUCCUGGGCACAGCGGUGGCUGGAGCUGCCUUCUGCCUAAUGGCAGGCCAGCCUCUCACCAUCCUUAGCAGCACGGGGCCAGUGCUGGUAUUUGAGCGUCUGCUUUUCUCUUUUAGCAGAGAUUACAACCUGGACUACCUGCCCUUCCGCCUGUGGGUAGGCGUCUGGGUGGCCACAUUUUGCCUGGUACUGGUGGCUACAGAGGCCAGCUUGCUGGUGCGUUACUUCACCCGCUUCACAGAGGAAGGCUUCUGUGCUCUCAUCAGCCUCAUCUUCAUUUAUGAUGCCAUCGGGAAAAUGCUCAACUUGAUCCAUGCCUAUCCAAUCCAAAGGCCAGGAUCUCCUGCCUAUGGGUGCCUCUGUCAAUACCCAGGCCCAGGAGGGAAUGCGUCUGAGUGGACGAGCACAAAGCUUGAAGACACAGAUCAUGCCUUCAGCAUGCACCUAGGCCUGGUCAAUGCCUCCUUGCUGCCCCCGCCAGAGUGCUUCCAGCAAGGAGGCUACCCUCGCGGCCCUGGUUGUCAUACUGUACCAGACAUCGCCUUCUUCUCCCUUCUCCUCUUCUUCGCCUCUUUCCUUUGUGCCAUUGCCCUCAAGCACGUAAAGAACAGCCGCCUCUUCCCCUCUGUGGUACGCAAGGUGGUCGGCGACUUUUCCUCCGUCCUGGCCAUCCUGCUGGGCUGUGGCCUUGAUGCCUUUCUGGGCCUAGCCACACCAAAGCUCUUGGUGCCCACGGAAUUCAAGCCUACACUCCCCGGGCGUGGCUGGCUGGUGUCUCCUUCCGGAGCUAACCCCUGGUGGUUGAGUGUGGCAGCUGCUGUGCCUGCUCUACUAUUGUCUAUCCUUAUCUUCAUGGACCAGCAGAUCACGGCAGUCAUUCUCAACCGUGCAGAAUAUAGACUGCAGAAGGGAGCCGGCUUCCACCUGGACCUCUUCUGUGUGGCUGUUUUGAUGCUCUUCACAUCAGCACUUGGGCUGCCUUGGUAUGUCUCAGCCACUGUCAUCUCCUUGGCCCACAUGGACAGUCUUCGGAAAGAGAGCGAAGCCUGUGUCCCUGGCGAAGCCCCCCACUUUCUGGGCAUCAGGGAACAGCGGCUGACAGGCUUGGCUGUGUUCAUCCUCACAGGAGUCUCCAUCUUCCUGGCACCUGUGCUCAAGUUCAUCCCGAUGCCUGUGCUCUACGGCAUCUUCCUGUACAUGGGGGUGGCGGCACUCGGCAGCAUCCAGUUCGUGAAGAGAGUGCAGCUGUUGUUGAUGCCAAAGAAACAUCAGCCAGACCUGCUGCUCUUGAGGCACGUGCCCCUGGGUAGAGUUCACCUGUUCACAGCCAUCCAGCUUGCCUGCCUGGGUCUGCUUUGGAUAAUCAAGUCUACCCCUGCGGCCAUUAUCUUCCCACUCAUGUUACUGAGCCUGGUGGGAGUCCGGAAGGCGCUGGAGUGGGUCUUUUCGCCACAGGAACUCCUCUGGCUGGAUGAGCUCAUGCCAGAGGAGGAGAAGAACAUCUCUGAGAACCGGACGGAGCCAGAGCGCUUGUUGGGUGGAAAUGACAGUGAAGACUCGGAACUGAUGUAUCAGCCAAAGGCCCCAGAAAUCAACAUCUCUGUGAAUUAG